AUGGCCGAUGACAUCUGUCUAUCGAGCGGGCUGUGUCUCGUGCAGAUGAAGGGCCUCAGUGGCCUGAUUUACCAAAACGCGUGCACAGACAACAACUGGAAGAGCCCGGACUGUCCGUCAAUAUGUCGUGGAAUUUCUACAUCGGGCGGUAUUAGUCUCCUCCCGUGUCCUGCCAAGGGAGUCGAUCAGUGGUGCUGCAGCGUCAACGGAACGGACUGCUGCGACCGUGCGAAGACGGUGGAUAUCGGCACGAUUGUCGCGAUAUCGAGUACCUCAUCAUCAACGACGACGACACCGUCCGCGUCGGCCACGAAAUCCGCCUCAGGGACGGAGACAAUGCCCGUGACAGCCACGAGCCUCGCAACCAACUGCGCCGUCGCGCCAGGGACAGCGAGCGACAGCGACAGUGCCAAUGCGGCGGUAUGUUCCGACCCCAACUCCAAAACCACCGCGAUCGGCGCCGGCCUAGGAGCCGGACUGGGUGUGUUGUUAAUCGCGGCGCUGUCGGCACUCUGGCUGCAGCGCCGCAUGUACGAGAAGAAGCUGCAGCAGCGUCCGGAGAGUCCGACGAUUACGUACUCGGGUUCAGGGAUUCCGGAUCGGUCGAGUCCAGCGCGUUGGGGCAUGGCUGAGUUGCCGUCGCAGAAUUUGGUGCAGGAGAUACAGGGGACGGAGGCAAAGUGA